AUGAAACGCGAACUUCAACACCCUUGGGCCCGAAUUUGUAGUUUUAAAGUUAGCCGAACCAUAUUUACAUCAAGGCAGGAAUGUAACAACUGGUAAUUUUUGUACCAGUAUUCCUCUUGCGAAAAAAUUAAUUGAAAAAAAAACCAGUUUAGUUGGAACCAUCCGCAACAACAAGAGAGAACUCGGAACAUUAUAAAUCGGAAAACUGCAUAGACUCACCGUCUAUAAAAGUAAACGGAAGCUAAAGGUAUCGUUAAUAAGUACUAAGCAUACAUUUGUAAAAUUGAGAGACAAUAACAGAUGCACCCCAGAAAUGAUUGCAUAUUACAAUGAGACUAAAUUUGGAGUAGACAUUGUUGAUCAAAUGGCGCAGAAAUAUACAGUCAAAGCAGCAUCUUUUCGGUGUCCUCUCCAAGUAUUCUUCAAUAUUUUGGAUUUGGCAGCAAUAAAUGCAUGGAUAUUAUAUAAAGAAUUUGCCGUAGAAAAGGAAAACAUACGAAACAAUCAUCCGUCGCCUGGUACUUCAAAAGUAACGCAAGACCUGCCAAAUAGAAUAUUGCAAAAGAAACAGAACCAAAGUCUAAAGAUCGACAAAUUUCCUCUAAUUUCAGAUGUAUGGAACAGAUCUAUUGAGAAUAAUCAAAAUAGCUACGUGCCCGAUAUGAAUCCGACUGUUGAUGAGCAACUAUUCCCUAUAAAAGUGAGAUGUAAAUUUACACAGUACAUAGUAAGCCUGAUAAAUUUGACAUCAAAUUUGGAUAGCAUCGGAUGCCAACAGUAA